CCAGGAGCCACUAGGACCUAGCAGCAGCAGCAGCUAAGAGGUGUAAGGACAAGCCACAAAAGAGCGCAAAGCUGAAAAGUUCAAAUCACAUUUCGUCACCGGUCGUCGUCCCUUCAGAGCCGGCACCAGCAGCUCCACCAUCGGAACCAUCGUCAUCAUCACCGUCAGCGUUGUGUGGUGGUGUGUGUCACAAAGUGAGUUCCGGAGCAAACACAGUAGUAGUGCCAGGGGAAACGCGCCCGUGUUUCGAACGAUCUCUCCCUCUCGCAGUUAAGUGUUUUGCACGCACGCACGCACGCACGGCGGAGUGGCGUUUGCGUGUGUUUUAUUGCUAGUGUUUGCGUAUUACUAGUUGAUUUAUGAGUGCGAAUUUGGCCGCAAUUGACGAACUGGUCGAAGAGUUUCGGAAAAUGGAACUCAUCUCCGUGCCGCCGUAUCCGGGCCAGCUGGGUUAUCUAGGAUCGACAAAAGUCAACGAUUUCCGUACACCGUUGAUGCCAAUCCCGGCCAACAGUAACAAAAAUUCUAAUCAAAGGCAACACCAGCAACAGCAACAGCUGCAGCAACAGCAGCAACAGCAACAGCAGCAGCGCAGUCAUCAUCAUCAUCAUCACCAGCAUAGCAACAAUAGCACCGGUAGCAACAACAACUCGUCGUCCCACCACCAUCCGCACCAUCACCACCACUACCACCAGCAGCAGCGGGAGGAGGAGGCCAGCGAGAACCAGUAUCCGCUGGAGCCGGCGACGAUAGCGCUGACCGCGUCCCCGCACGAGGAUGCGCUGCAGAAGCUGACCCAGCGGCUGGAGAGCGAGCUGCGGAGUGCCAAGCGGCAGCACCUCGCCUGCACCGAGGUCCUGCUGCCGGAGACCCUGCUGCCGCGGAUAUCCUCCGAGAUGUUCGAGCUAUCGGAGAAGGAACCGUGCGGCAUCCGGGGCUGCACCAUCUACAUCGAGUUCGAGGACGAACCCGACAACACUCGGCGGAUUGCAACGAUGAAAACCGACAACACCGUAUCGACGUUCGAGCUGUACCUUACGCUCAAACAGGACCGACCGGGAUGGAAAUCGAUUUUGCCACAAUUUUUGAAAAAUCUGGCACGUAACAGUACAAUAGUGAUUAGUUCGGAGUUUGUGCUGACAAAGAACAAGCUCUACCAUGCCUACUCCGACUAAGUCGGAGGAAGCAGGAGCACGCUACAACUACAAACCGAUAUCAACUUCUCUCCUUCGAUAUCAACACUCCCCAAACCCCCGCCCGCCCCAACCCGCAUCCCAACCGCCCCUCCAAAACAUUAUUUCCACUCUUUCUCUCGAUGGACCACAAGGCGACCCAAAAAGGAGAAUGCCGUCCGUCGUCAGCACACUAACGUCCCGGCGACGGCGGAUGUCCGCUUUGCGCGUCGUCGGCCAUCAAAAAAAUGUCAACGCUCAUCAGGCGAGUGUGUUUCUCACCACCCAUCGCACCACCGCACGGCCAGCGCCACAGACAGCCCACCACGCGCGCAGUGUAUGUGCUCUCCAGGAAGGAAGCGCGAAUGCAUUUUCCCGAGAAGUUAGUAGUUGGUGUCGCGGGCGGCCGCCCCCGUGAGGCGCGCGCUCUGUGUGCAAAGUACAGGAGAAGACAGGAGCGGUGGGGAACUGUUGUGUGAUUAACUGUGAUUGUUUCUCUCGAUAAUUUUGUGCGCAAAAUUUCCACGCAACCAACACACACCGACCACCGACACCGGCCACGAACGUUUCGAAGUGUGAGAAUCAGUGAAUUUUCCCGCAACAACAACAACGGGGCGGUAGUAGCGCGCAGAAGAAGAGCGCCAAAGGCAAAAGUGUCGUGUGUGUUUUUCUUUGUGUGUGCCACAACAAUUGCAAUCUGUGUGGAUACGGAGCGGAGCGGAACGGAGCGCCAGCACCACCGCCCCCCUCCCGGAGAUCAUCGGGUCAUCGGAGAUCAUCACGCCCGCAGGAGGACAGCAGCGCAUCUUCCGUGUUGUUGGUUCGUGGUUGCGCGAGUUUUUGUGUGGCCGAGCCACGGGUGUGUACGUCACAGCAGGACACAGCAGCAGCAGCAGCAGCAGCAACCCGCGCAGCCCAACAGACAGUUCCCCCCGGGAUUUCUCUGAGCUCUCAGAGGUGUGCCAUCGCGAGCGGGGGGCGCAUUCGGCGAGGACGAGACACGAGACACCGGAACGACGUCACCGAGAACCCGCCGACGCAGCGUGUCAUCCACCCCGCCCACCCCCAGUGCGCCCUGCCCCGCCGCACCGUCGUCGUCACCUGCGCCGUGUCGUGGGUGCGCGUGAUAUGGUAGCGUGCGUGUGCGUGCAUGAGUGAGUGUGCGUUUAGAAGCAAGGUAGGAAAAAGCGAACCGUCUUUUUUCACUCUUGUCCUACAAAAAAAGCAAAAACAAAACAAAAAAAGAAGGUAAAACAAACAAAUUAUUAUAUUAACGCGGUGUCACAAUGGAAGAAGACAGGAAGACAGGAGACGGAGCGACGAGA